GCAAAAUAUGACGACUUGUGUUGUUGCGUGUGCUAGAAAAACGCAACAAAUUUCGUGAAGGAUUCCGGAGACAAACAACAAUAACAAAAAAUGUCUCAACAAAUCACUAACAUUGCCCCAUUCGCUCAUUUUGGAACUGAUGCUAUUCAUGCUGGACAAGAACCAGAUAAACACUCUGGUGCUGUCAUUACACCAAUUUCCUUGAGUUCUACUUUUGCUCAAGUUUCUCCAGGUGUUCACUAUCCUGGUCAUUAUGAAUAUGCCAGAACCGCCAAUCCAACUCGUGAUGCUUUCGAAGGUUGUGUUGCUGCUUUGGAAAAUGGCAAAUAUGCUUGUGCUUUUGGUUCAGGUCUCGGAUGUACUACCACUUUGUUGCACAUGUUGAGUGAAGGUGAUCACGUUAUUUCUGUUGAUGAUGUUUAUGGUGGUACUGGACGUUAUUUCAGACAAGUUGCUGGCAAGUUUGGACUCGAAUUCUCUUUCAUUGAUUUGAACAAGGAAGAUGAAUUCAAGCAAGCUGUUAGAGAAAAGACCAAACUCAUCUGGUUGGAAACUCCAACUAAUCCAACUUUGCGUAUUACUGAUAUUGCUAGAGUUCAUAAUUGGAGAAAGGAAUAUUGUCCACAAGCUAUUCUCAUUGUCGAUAACACUUUCAUGUCACCAUAUUUCCAAAGACCAUUAGAUCAUGGUGCUGAUAUUGUCAUGCACUCUGUCACUAAAUAUUUGAACGGUCACAGUGAUGUUGUUAUGGGUGUUUGUGCUACUGCCAACGAAGAAAUCUACAAGAAGAUUAAAUAUUUGCAAAAUGCUAUGGGUGCUAUUCCAUCACCAUUCGACAGCUUUUUGGCUUUGAGAGGUUUGAAGACUUUGCACGUUCGUAUGCGUCAACAUCAAGCUGCUGGUAUUGCUGUUGCUAAAUACUUGAAAGGUCACUCAAAGGUUGCCAAGCUCACUUAUCCAGGUUUGGAAGAACACCCACAAUAUGAUAUUGCCAUGAAACAAAUGACUGGUUUCGGUGGUAUGAUCACUUUCUGGAUUAAGGGUGAUAUUACUCAAGCUAGACAAUUCCUUGAAAACUUGAAGGUAUUCCAAUUGGCUGAAAGUUUGGGUGGUGUUGAAAGUUUGGUUAACCAUCCUGCCAUUAUGACUCACGCUUCAGUUCCACUCGAAUUGAGACAAAAGCUCGGUAUUGAUGAUACUUUGAUCAGAUUGAGCUGUGGUAUUGAAGAUGUUGAAGAUUUAAUUCAAGAUUUGGAAACUGCCUUCUCUCAUGUUACUCUCUAAAUUAUUAAAAUCCCUUUCCCUUCU